CUGCUUCUCUCUCUGUCUCUCUCACUAACUAUUGAUUUACAUAAUACGCUUGAGUUGGCAGAUUUUGUGGAGGAGAAACAAAAAGCGAUCCCUUCAUUUGCUCAAAUUAAGAUUUGGGCUUCUCAGAAAAUCAUCAAGGAAGAGAAAAAGUCGCAGUUUUCUUUUGAGUUUCCAAGUAAAAAGUUAUCCGAAGGAGGAAAAAGGGCACGUUUUGAUAGCUGAGGUUUAUUUGAAAUGGUUUUGAUGUGCGAGAUUUUCGUCACUAAAGAAGACAAGGUUGAAGGAGAGUGGGAGAAGGAGAGAUAGCGAUAUAACUGCAGAAAGCCAAGUUAUAGCAGAAGUAGAGAGCGAAAACAAAAAGAGUAUUGGGAUUCAGCUAUUCUUUUUUCUUUUUUCUGCUUCUACUGGAUUAUUUGGCAAUGUCUGCUACAAUUGUGGGCGAUCCGAUGGUCAUAUCCGCCGUGGAAAGUCAAGCAACCGCAACGACGACGAAACUCGUCGCGCAAACAGAAAUCGAGUUCGCAAAAUGCGAGUGCUGCGGUCUAACAGAGGAGUGCACGCCUGCCUACAUAGAGCGCAUCCGGGAACGGUAUCAGGGCCUUUGGAUUUGCGGACUUUGCGCCGAGGCCAUCAAUGACGAGAUCUUAAGGUCGGAGAGGCUCAUUAGUACAGAGGAAGCAAUGGCCAAGCACAUGAACUUCUUUAAGAAAUUCAAGACCUCGGGUCCUCCUCCGGACCCUACUGUCUGCUUGAUUUCUGCCAUGAGGCAGAUUCUGCGCCGCAGUUUGGAUUCUCCGAGGGGAUUGAGAUCGACACCGAGCAGCCCCACGUCGAAAAUUGACGCGGAAAUUCGCGGUCAGGUGCUCACUCGGUCGGAGAGUUGCUUUCCUACUUUGUCUGGUUGAGAAGCGGUACAUACUACAUAGGAAUAAGAGCAAAAGUGAAAGGGAGGGAGAAAAAAAAAAACUGGGAAUUUGGAAUUUCACUGGUAAGAAAAAUAAGACUUGGAAAAAGGAGUUAAAGAGGUUUCUGAUAUGUAGUUUGUAUCAAUAGUUAAUCAAUACCCAAAAAAAAAAAAAAAAUUUAAUUCUGUUGAUGCAAAUUCCAUUUCUUCAUAAGUUUUGUUCUUUGUUAUGGAACUCCGCCUUCUGCGUAACACCCGAACCAAGUCAUAAAGACAAAACCAAAAAAAAAAAAAAA